CACUGACAACAUGCGCAAUUUCCAAGUCAUAUGAUCGAUUCCCAGCAGAGAUCACCUCAUCGUUCGUCGCAAAGAUGGCCAGCCAGACGCAGGGAAUUCAGCAGCUUUUAGCGGCCGAAAAGCGGGCCGCAGAGAAAGUAUCUGAUGCACGGAAACGUAAGGCUCGCAGGUUGAAACAAGCCAAGGAAGAGGCUCAAGAUGAAAUCGAAAAGUACAGACAAGAACGUGAAAAGCAAUUCCGUGAAUUUGAAGCCAAGCACAUGGGAUCCAAAGAGGAUGUAGCCGCUCGUAUCGAAGCUGAUACUAAAGUGAAAAUUGAGGAGAUGAAUCGUGCUGUUGCCAUCCACAAGGAUCCGGUAAUGUUGAAGAUUUUGGAGCUGGUAUACGACAUCAAGCCAGAGUUGCACAAGAAUUAUCGCGUCGAUGCCUAAGCAACAAAAAAGCUCCCACAUCCAAUAAUUAUAAAUACUAUAUUCUAUAAUAUACAUGUACAUUAAAUAUUAUAACUACAUAUAGAUAUACCCAUAUACAUACUAUAUAUACGCAUAUAUCUUAUGUAAUGUAUCUAUCAAUCGGUCAUUCUAUUGUAUUUAAACCAGAAUAACAGUUUACUGUUUAGCUUUAGAUGGUGAUACUCAAACUUGAAUAGAGAGAAAUGACGAAAGAAGUAAAAACGAAGGAAUGAAAUGAAUGAGGACGUGUUACAGCUAUAAUCCUUGUGUACUGGUCGAAUCGACAAUAAGUAAUAAUUGCAUUGUAUUAAUUAUAUCAAUAUCUUUGCCGAAGUGAGCUGCGUUAUUAUAAUUUCUGUUAAACAGUUUGAGAAUCGCUGUAGGUGUAUUGUUAUGGAAUAUUUAAAUGUAAAGUUUCAACCUCUCGCGGCAAGGCCUAGGCGUGAAAGGUUGAUUUAUAUAGAACGUAAGAUUUAAAUGAAAUUGAAUUAAGGUGGUGGCUAAUGUAUUGUUAAUCGUAGUAGAUGUCAUUCCAUAUUUCUGUCACUCCGAGGACUAAAAAUUGAAUUUCAAGCAUUCUAGGUACAACCUCUCGGAGACCCUAAGUUAGCUCCCAACUGUAUAGGGUCCCUGCGACGAUGUACCUGUGUGGAAAAAAAAUGAAUCAACUCGAUUGUUUUAGCCUUUUAAACUUUAUCCACUGAUAUCGCGUCAGAGAAUUAUCGUAGCCCUACCUCAAUUAUACACCUUAUAUCUCUGUUGUAAGCUGGCUGGCUGUCUGUACAGUAUUAGUGUUCAAUAUAAUAACGAUAAUAAAAAAAAGAAAAACGCCCAAA